UGCCAACUUUGUUCUUCGAUCAGGUGUUCGAGUUGCUUUUUAAAAUAAAUCCUUCUUUGUUUAGUAAUUUUUAUACAUCAAUUUAAAUAAAUAUAAAUUAAAAUGAAUCCUGAACGACUGGCCCAACUUCAAAAAGACGUCAGAAUUGGCGGAAAGGGUUCGGCAAGGAGGAAACGAAAAGUUAUUCAUAAAACUGCAACAGCAGAUGAUAAAAAAUUACAAGCAACACUGAAAAAAUUGUCAGUAAACAGUAUCCCAGGCAUUGAAGAAGUCAACAUGAUUAAGGAUGAUGGGACGGUUUUGCAUUUCAACAAUCCAAAAGUACAAGCAGCACCAUCAUCAAAUAUGUUUGCCAUCACUGGACAUGGAGAGAAUAAAAAACUAUCUGAGAUGAUACCAACAAUUUUAAACCAACUGGGAUCUGAAAGUAUGAAUGCAUUGAAAAAGAACGCUCCUAUAAAACAGGACGGUACAGGUAUGCCCGCUGUCCCGGAAGAGAUUGAUGAGGAAGACGUUCCAGAUCUUACCGAAAAUUUUGACGAAGCGUCAAAGGAUGAAGGAGUUUAAAUUUUUAUAUUACUUGAAACUGGCAACAACGAAACAAACUUUCAGUCCUUGGCAAUUAAGUCUAGUCAGCAGGCCUGCAUAUCAAACAGCUGGUAUCGUUCAAAUAACACAUUUUUCUUUUGUUUUUCUCCUAUUUGUAAAAGAACGAGGACUGUGAAAUGCGAGCCAAAGUAUGAUAUUAUUUGUGAAUUGAUGGAUUUUCUUACUUCAUGACAAAUAAUGUGUAUUUCCUAAUUUUAUUCCGCAAAUGUUCAGACUUUGCCCUGUGAUUUCAGUGAAUCUAAACUACAUUUCUGUUGAGUUGUUUUCCAGACAGUGGUUUUGCGCUCUUUAAGAGCACAACUUUGUACUUUUCAAUAUGAUUUGGACGUUUUUUAUUCAUGUCCUCUGAUAGUUUCUCUCUUCCUCUGUCAGUUUGAUGCAAACACUUGUGCUCAUGCUAUCAUAUUCGCAUGUCACAUUCUAUUCACUUAGUGAAGUCUAGGUUGCAGUAGUCCCUAACUUUCGAAUUUCUUUUUGAUUUCUGGAUUGUACGUGGCAUUGUUAAAAUAUUAUUCUUAAAGAUUUACUAGUUAGUGUGAAUAUAACGCAAUCAUGACUCACUAAAAAUUCAUUUCACUGAUUGAAUAUUAUAAUAAAACAUUGGAUGAAUAUACCCAACAAACCAUCGUUUGACAUAAAGAAGGUUGAAUAAUACUAAGUUAUAAAGAGUAAAUUUGUAAAUAAAGGCCACACUUUGAAUAUUUCAAUUAUUGUUACAUUGCAUUAUGAAUGUGUUAUACAUAUAAGUGGAACUCCUGGAUGGUUUUUUGUUAUAAAGUAUGCUGCUAUGUGUGUGCUUAACAAGGAGUUUCGUUUCAAGUGCCACCUUGGAGGAUCUUGUUGAGAGUAUUUUUCAAUGUUUUCUAGAAUCGUGAUAUCAUUUCUACUGGUGUGAAGAAUACACUCUGAUAUCAAUGUCCUCAUAAUUUUGAAAUAAACUGGUUGUGUAUAAAGA